AUGGCUCAGAAUGGCCACUUCAUGGCAGGCUUGCAGCAAGGACAGGCGCCGAGUCAGCAGGCCAACGGACAGCCUAACGCAGCCCAAGCAGGCCAGAUGAAUGCACUGAACCAGCAGAUCUUUGCAGACCCGGCCGUACUGCAGAGACUGAUCCAUGCCGCUCAGAACGGACAGCUCGGUCCCGAGCAAGUCGCUACACUCCGACGAUACCUCGCUCAGGCGAGAGACUCACAGCAAGCACAGCAAGCCGGCGGGUUCCCCAACAAUGGACAGAAUCAGCCCAAUGCUGCCCUCUUGAUGCAGAUGCAACAGCAGCAGCAGCAGCAGCAGCAGCAGCAGCAGCACCAACAGCAUCAGCAGAUUGCAGCCGCUCAACAGACUCAGCAGGCUCGCCAACCCGGACAGAAUGCCAAUGGAGGCACUGUCCCGCCAGACAUGAACCAGGCUCGUGCAGUCGUCACCAAUCUCGUCACACGCAUGGCCAACCUCGAGGCAGUCCUCGCCCAAGGUGUCGGCUCGGCUGAAGAGCGAGCGCGCAAUCAGAGUCAACUCGAAGAGGCCAAGCGUGCCUACAACCUCAUCGCUCAGAGGCCGGGAGGCAGCUAUCUCCUACAGAGUAUACCCGGCUUACCGCAACCGUCGCAGUCCACUGCUUCGACUCAAAAUCAAGCUGGCCAGGCCAUCAACUCGCCACAGUUGCAGCAGCAGCAACAGCAACAGAAUGCCGCACUCAACUAUCAGAGACAGCAAUCCGAGCUCAUGCGCGCCAACCUUGCAGCACAGCAGCAACGACAGAGACAGAUGGGCGCGCCUGCCCAACCCGUUGCACCCGCUCCUUCCGGCUCACAGCCCUCACAGGCAGCCAACGGAGCUGCAAACGCUUCCUCUCCCGCCAGCGCUGCCAGCCCAGACAACGGCAACGCAGGUGGCAGAUCUGACCUGCCAAAGCGAGCAAGACCACCGCCUCGCAAAGCUGCCGCCGCCAACGCCGCCGCGCCCCCUCCUGCUGCUGCAAGGCCUCAACCUUCACAGACCGGUCCGCCCCCAACCACAUCGAUCAUGUCCCAGAGUAUGGCAGUUCCUGCAGAGAUGAAGAUUCCACCGCCUCAGCCAGAGGCGCCACCGAAGCAAGGAUCAAGGCCGACGCUCUCGCAAGGCUUCGCCGCUCAGCCCAUCCUGGGUACACCCGCCAUCACCGACCCUCCCUCGGGACCAGGAGGCAGUCGACCUUCGCUGCCAAACACGGCGACACCGGGCCCUGUCAAUCGACCGCUUCUGCCGCAAGAACGCCCAGAUGGAAGAAUGCUCAACAAGAGGAAGCUCCAGCAGCUGCUCGAGAGUAUUGAUCCCGACGAGAGUCUCGACAGCGCAGUCGAAGACCUGCUUCUGGAUAUUGCAGAUGAGUUUAUCGAUUCCGUCACUCGGUUCUCCUGCCAGCUCGCAAAACAUCGCAAGUCCGAUCGUCUCGAAGUUAGAGACGUUCAGCUUCAUCUGGCAGAGCGAAACUGGAAUAUCCGUAUACCUGGUUUCGCAGCAGACGACGUCAGGCUCAGUCAAUCUCGACGAACCGUCUUGCCCGCUGGCUACGCGACCCGUUUGGCGGCAGUGAGGGAUGCUGCACGACGUAGGGUAUGA